AUGGCCACCCUGUGUCCCCCCGCGCUCCAGGGCAGCGGCUCCAGAGACAUCUUCUUCCAGGUGGUGACCCCCGACCGCAUCCCGCAGUUUGUUAUCCCGCCCCUGGACAUCCACAAGAAGCGGAGAUGCUCAGGCAAGGGGACGGGGGAGGGGACGGCUUGGAGGAGCAGCUGGGACGCGGCAGCCCGGGACGAGCACGGCUCUAAUUCAUCCUCUUUCAACUCAUCCUGCUCCAACCCAGACCCCACUGCUUUGGCAGCUCUGUCCCUGCCGCACCUCCCCAAGGUCACCACCCCGUACGGCUUUGUCACCCUGGGGCGGAGCCCGCAGGUCACCAGCGAGGAGGCGUUUUUUCACUCGGGCUCAGGCCACCCUCGGGGUCUCUGCCGCAGACAUCCCGGGAUUCCUGCUGCUGAGGAAGACUCCGGGAUGGGAGGAAGCCAGAGGGACCACAAGCAGCCAAGUCCUCGUGUCAGCGGUCACAAGGACGACGGAAGCAGCCCGACCCCAGCAGGGCUUCCCCUGGCCAGAUGUGCCAGAGACAUCCGAAUAACAGAGGCUCUGGAAAGCCAAGAGGCAGGGAAGAGGGACAGGAGGCUCCUGGGCACGGACUGUCCGAGGAGCAGCUCCCUGGAGCUCCCCGUGGCGACAGCCAGGAGGAAUUUGUUGCAGAGGAUCCUCAGGAGGCACCUUGUCCACCCGCGGCAGCUCAAGCCUGGGCAUUUCACUCUCCACUGAUCCUGCAAAACAGCUCCCAGGAGCUGAGGUUCCUUACAGACCUGAGGGAGAGACACUUCUGUCAAUGCCUCAGAGCGCUCAGAGCAUCAGGGUGUCACCUUCCCCGAGGGGACCGCCUUGAGGUGACAUUGCCACAGGGCACAGCAGUGCUGGGGAGCAGAGGGGCUGUAGGUUUGUGACUGUUCAGAGC